AUGUUCAGAUUGAGGAUUUUCCUCCACCGAUCCUUUUUAUUAUCGGAUCCCUUCAAUCCCUGGUUCUCGAAGCGCUCGUGUUACGAAAACUCGCUCUUUCUGCAAAAUUCAUCGAGGGAUUCGGUUGGAAUGGGAACCAAAAGACCUUUUGAUGAGGAUCUUCAGGAGUUCAUAAAGCAUCCAAAGCAUCUUGAAAAUGGGAAUAAACCUGAUACAUUUGGAGAAGAAGAUAAACAUACUCUUGAAACAUCUCACAAUCUUGGGAUUACAGGUGAACAUGGAGCUACCUUCUUCCAAACAGGUGACUCCAUUAAAACCGAGAAGCUCAAUUCUGUCACAGAAAUGGCGAACGAGUUUGAAACCAGUGAACACUCACGUGAAAACAUUCCCGCCCCUGUGUUUCCCUCGAAUCUUUUCCCUGAGUUUUUCGAAUUCAACAUGCCAAGACGACAACUAGUUCAUUUUGAUGAUACGUAUUCAUCUAUUUUGAAUAAUUCUCCCAGAAAACAGGUUCCAAUUGGGCCAGAUCAUCAAGCCGAUGUCCCUGAUUUUGAUCCAGAUUUAGCGAGGAAUCUCUCUGAGAAUCGAGAGAAAAGUUCAUUAGGCGUAAUUGUCAAUUCACCUCCGAGUGAAACAGAAUGUAAAUGCUUGGAUUCCGGUUCUAUCCGAUGCGUUCAACAACACAUCAAUGAAGUCCGAUUGAAGCUAAAAAACUCUCUAGGGCUUGACAAAUUCAUCGAUUUAGGGUUACACGAAAUGGGGGAAGAAGUAUCGCAUAACUGGACUGACGAAGAACAACAACUCUUUCAAGACGUGGUUUACUCCAAUCCCGUUUCUCUAGGUCGCCGAUUCUGGGAACAACUCUCGAUUGCGUUCCGAUCCCGAACAAAGAAGGAAUUGGUAAGUUAUUACUUCAACGUUUUCAUGCUUCGUAGACGCGCUGUUCAAAACCGAUCGAAUUUAUUAGAAAUCGAUAGCGACGACGAUGAAUGGUGGGGAAGUAAACGCGGACCUUCUGGCUCUGGUGUAAGAAUAGAAGACGAAGAGUUUGUUGUGGUCGGACAUUUCGGUGAUUCCGGCGAUCGUGAUUCUUCAUCAUCUGAAGACGGCGAUAUCCAUGGAGAUAUUCUCGUCGGUGUUCAUGGCGGCGAUAUACAUGAUGAUAAUAAGACUGUAAGUGAAAGCGAGCAAGAAAAGAAAUAUUUGGGUCCUCAAAAAACGGGAAGAAUACUUAAUGAGUUUAUAUCUAAUCGAAGAUGGGUAGAGGAAAAAAAGAAGUCAAGGAGAUUGAGAACGUAGGCAACAACCAGAGGCUCGGUGGAAGAUGAUGAAGAGCAUCCGUGUAAUGUAGGGUGGAAAUUACCAAAAUACCCUUCUACGCAUGGCAUAUGGAAAAAGGUCUUAACGACAGUUAGGGCGAAGGACCAAAAGAGUUGCAAAAAUGUAUUUCAGGGACCAUCAGAGCAAGAAACAUAAACUUGUGAGCUGAAGAUGUUACAUUUAUCAAACCACAUGGACCAAACAUGUAAUUUACUCUUAAAGUAAUAUGCAAAAUAUAGUUACAAAUUC